AAGCUGUGACUGGGGCGCUGGUUCCAAGCUGGGGGAGCAGGAACUGGCCGGAGAUGCCCUGUAUCCAAGCCCAAUAUGGGACGCCAGCACCCAGCCCUGGAACCCGUGACCACCUGGCAAAUGACCCCCUGACUCCUGAGCUCAGCAAGGGCACCAUGGACCUGGCCAGCCCUGAGGCAGCUCCUGCUGCCCCCACUGCUCUUCCCAGCUUCAGCACCUUUAUAGACAGCUAUGCAGGAGAGUUUGACACCUUCCUCUACCAGCUGCCAGGAACAGCCCAGCCGUGCUCCUCAGCCUCCUCCUCAGCCUCCUCCACGUCCUCGUCCUCGGCCACCUCCCCUGCCUCUACGUCCUUCAAGUUUGAGGACUUCCAGGUGUAUGGCUGCUACCCAGGCACCCUGAGUGGCCCACUAGAUGAGACCCUGUCCUCCAGUGGCUCUGACUACUACGGCAGUCCCUGCUCCAUCCCGUCACCAUCCACACCCAGCUUCCAGCCACCCCAGCUCUCUCCCUGGGAUGGCCCUUUCAGCCAUUUCUCACCCAAUCAGACUUACGAAGGCCUUCGGGCAUGGACAGAGCAGAUGCCCAAGGCCUCUGGGCACCCCCACCCCCCAGCCUUCUUCUCCUUCAGUGCCCCCACUGGCCCUAGUCCCAGCCUUACCCAAAGCCCCCUGAAGCUGUUCCCCUCCCAGGCCACCCACCAGCUUGGGGAGAGUGAGAGCUACUCCAUGCCAACAGCUUUCCCAGGUCUGGCGCCCACCUCCCCACACCUCGAUGGCUCAGGGAUGCUGGAUGCGCCUGUGACCUCGGCCAAGGCCCUGAGCGGGGCUCCUGGUGGAAGCGAGGGCCGCUGUGCUGUGUGUGGGGACAGCGCUUCAUGCCAGCAUUACGGCGUCCGCACCUGUGAGGGCUGCAAGGGCUUCUUCAAGCGCACAGUACAGAAAAACGCCAAGUACAUCUGCCUGGCCAACAAGGACUGCCCUGUGGACAAGAGGCGGCGAAACCGCUGCCAGUUCUGCCGCUUCCAGAAGUGCCUGGCUGUGGGCAUGGUGAAGGAAGUUGUCCGGACAGACAGCCUGAAGGGAAGGCGGGGGCGGCUGCCUUCAAAACCCAAGCAGCCCCCAGAUGGCUCCCCUGCCAACCUGCUCACUUCCUUGGUUCGGGCGCACCUAGACUCAGGACCCAGCACCACCAAACUGGACUAUUCCAAGUUCCAGGAGCUGAUGCUUCCCCGCUUUGGGAAGGAAGAUGCCGGGGAUGUGCAGCAGUUCUAUGACCUCCUCUCGGCUUCCCUGGAGGUUAUCCGCAAAUGGGCUGAGAAGAUCCCCGGCUUUGCUGAGCUGUCACCUGGGGACCAGGACCUGUUACUGGAGUCGGCCUUUCUGGAGCUCUUCAUCCUCCGUCUGGCGUACCGAUCCAAGCCUGGAGAGGGGAAGCUCAUCUUCUGCUCGGGCCUGGUGCUGCAUCGGCUGCAGUGUGCCCGUGGCUUCGGUGACUGGAUUGACAGCAUCUUGGCCUUUUCGAGGUCCCUGCACAGCUUGGUCGUCGAUGUCCCUGCCUUUGCUUGCCUGUCUGCUCUUGUCCUCAUCACUGACCGACACGGGCUGCAGGAGCCUCGGCGGGUGGAGGAGCUACAGAACCGUAUCGCCAGCUGCCUGAAGGAACACGUCUCCUCAGUGGCAGGCGAGCCUCAGCCGGCCGGCUGCCUAUCACGCCUGCUGGGCAAGCUGCCUGAGUUGCGGACCCUGUGCACCCAGGGCCUGCAGCGCAUCUUCUACCUCAAGCUGGAGGACUUGGUGCCCCCUCCGCCCAUCGUUGACAAGAUCUUUAUGGACACACUGCCCUUUUGACCCCAGUCCGGGAACACGAGUGCACACGUGUGUAUGCGCUCACACACCACCCCACGUGCCUUUAGCCCAUGGCCCAACAACCCCAGAACACUGCACCCCCCCUCAAAGCUGGACUUGAGCUGCAGACUGACCGACGUCCUCAUUUGCUCUAGGAGGUUGGUGGGCACUCAGGCCUGGGGGCUGUUCAUUCAUGGGAGUGACCCCCACUAUUUGUCUUAUGCCUCAGCCUGCCCCUGGCCUUCAUGUUUUUUGUAAGAUAAACCGUUUUUAACACACACCGCCAUGCUGUAAAUAAGCCAGAUGCUGCUGUAAAUACUGGAAGGAAGAGGUGGGAGUGGGGUGAGAAGAAGGGAUGGGGCUCCCCACCAGCCUGGGCUGAUCUCUUCAGGCUUUCUUCUACUUGCUCUUUCCUCCAACCUACCUUCCACGUGUACAUAAACUGUUACAAACUGUUACUCUAGGAGGAAGACAAAUGACAGAUCUGACAUUUAUAUUUGUGUAUUUUCCUGGAUUUAUAGUAUGUGACUUUUCUGAUUAAUAUAUUUAAUAUAUUGAAUAAAAAAUAGACAUGUGGCUAAAACUG